AUGAAGUCGCCGACUGGCGGCCAUGUUGUUGAUUAUAACCUGCAGACUGGAGCGCUGAGGAGUCUGGGUCAGGCUGGUUCAGAAGUUAAAGUGUUGAGGUUAAAGGUACCACAGAAGAAGAACAGUGGUGAAGUGGUUUUGUCCUCAGGCCUCCUGAGUUUCUGUGUUUGUGUGUUUUCAGCGGGUGCUGGGAACAAACUGGGCUGGGCGUUCGGUUUGGGUCUGGAGCGUCUGGCCAUGAUCCUCUACAGCAUCCCGGACAUCCGGCUGUUCUGGAGUCGGGACGAACGAUUCCUGAAACAGUUCAGGGUGGACGACAUCCAGACGCCCAUCUGCUUCCAGCCUUUCAGUAAAUACCCGCCGUUCCACAACGACAUUUCCUUCUGGCUGCCGGACGCCGCCGACCGCUUCACGGAGAACGACUUCUACGAUCUGGUUCGCUCGGUGGGCGGAGACCUGGUGGAGAAAGUUACUCUGGUGGACGACUUCACUCACCCCAGGACGGGCCGGCGGAGCCACUGCUACCGCAUCGUCUACCGCCACAUGGAGCGAACUUUGACCCAGCAGGAGGUCCGGCAGGUCCACCAGCAAAUCGAGCGGUCAGUGGAGGCGGAGCUGGGCGUUCAGGGCCGGUUCUGACCGAGCAGCGUAGAUCUACACACAGAGCAGCGUAGAUCUACACACAGAGCAGCGUAGAUCUACACAGAGCAGCGUAGAUCUACACACACAGAGCCUAUGCGCCGCAGGGAGAGUUGAGGCGUCCGUCUGCUGCAGCUCUUCGUCAUCCUCCCUCCGCUCCUCUGCAGCCUCAACGUGUGAAUCUGACGCGCGUCGCCUUUAAUUCCCAAAAACAUCGUCUGUGCGUCGGACGCCAGCAGCUGUCUGCUGAUGUCCAGCAGGUCUGAGGACGGACACCUGGCUGUUGAACCCUGAUGACUUCCAGCUGCACUUGAUGUUAAAUUACCUAUAAAAACUAAUUUUUUAAAAAAAUUCUGUGUAAAAUUAAUUUGACUCUUGAACCUUUUUGGGACAGAAAGUUUGACUACGUUCAGCUGUUUGGACACAUAGGAGGAAAUUUAUCUGAAAUGUUUUUGGAAAUUAUGUUUUGAAUGUUGACUAAAGAGGAAAAGUUAAUAAAAAGUUUGCACUAACCUGGUUGCAUAAGAGUUUAA